UGAGUAUCAUGAUCAACGGGGUGCCAGCGUUCAUCCUUGAAGAAGAGAUCGCUAAUAAUUACAACCCUGACGAUGAAGAAGUUAUUGAGUAUGCUGAGUUCCUUGGAAUGGACAUUGAGCAAGAUCAGGAAUUCUUCUACAUUGCAAGAGAAGGACUCAAGGCUCCCCUCCCAAGCCCUUGGAAACCAAUCCAAGAUGCAGAAGGAGAGCUUUAUUUCUACAACUUUGAAAAUGGAGAAGUAGUUCAAGAACAUCCUUGUGACGAGUACUACAAAGAUCUUUACCAGGAAGAAAAGGCUAAAUAAAGAACAAAAAUUACAUGAACAGAUGAUUCUGGAAGAGCAAGAAAGACUUGCUGAAGAGGAAGAACAGAUUAUCCAAGAGAUGAGGCCAGCAUAUGAGCCCCAAAUAGUACAAAUGCAAUCUCCACAAGCCGUGGACUAUCAGAAUAACAUCAACCAAGAUGUAGCCCAGUUCACUGAGAACUACAACCAAAUAGCUGAAGACCAAAUAGUACUAGAUGAAGAAUCAGACAUCCCUGACAUUAACGAAUAUGAAGACGAGAGAAUCAAUCAAUUAAACAAAAUAAUGGAUGAGCUGAAAGACAAACAAAAUUUGGAACUUUCCAAGGUCCUUAGCAACGAAAAUAUGGAUCGGAUGCGUAAGAAUACCAAGAAAGAACUCAGUGUCAAACUCAGACAAGAGAAACGUAAGCUACAAAAUGAACAAGAUGCUGAGCUCAAAGAAUGGAGGAAGAACCUCUCAGUAGAAGACUACCAGCCUGACCUAGAGGAGGACCACCAGGAUUUGAUGCAAAAAAUUGAAGCAGAGCAUGAGGCUAAAAAGGAAACUAUUGAGGAGAAAUAUCAAGAACAAAUAAAAGAAGAACAGCUUAAAGCAGAAAAAGAAGCUGAUAAUAUCAUUGAUAUGGCUCAAGGCAAAGCUAUGGACUCAAAGACUCUUGAAGACCUUGAAGUAACAGAAAAAGAGAAACAGCAAAUCCAUGAUAGACUAGCUGAAGAUUUUAAAAAGAAGCUUGAACAAGAGGACAUCAGACAGAAAUCUCAGAAUUCAAAGGGUCCAUCUGAAACUGAGAAGAUCAAAAUCCAAUGUGAACGCAAAGAGAAAACAAGGCUAAAGGAAAUAGAGCUAGAGCAUCUCAAAGAAUUCAGAACUCUUGAAAAGGAAAGCACAAAGCAAUUUAAAGACCAAAAAGAUGAAAUAAGCAAGAAGUUCAGACAAGACAAGGAAACUUACAGAAAAGAUUACUCUAACAAGACAAAUGAGCUCAACAAAGAGACUCAGAAGAAGAUCGAUGAAUACAAGAUAACCAUCAAUCAAAAACUCGAUUUUGAAUGUUCAGAAGAAGAACGCAAACUCUCUAAUAAACUACAGUCCAAAAGAAAGGCACAUAACACAGACCAUAAAACAAAAGAUGCACUUAAAGAAGUCACUAAACUAGUCCUCGACUUAGAGAACGAAAAGAUCCGUGCCCGAAGAGAAUCCAAGAAUGUUACUCUAGAGGUUGAAAAGUUGGAGGCACAGUUGAAAAAUGUGCGGGAGAGGAAGGGAAAAUGGAACGAGGAUGGAGAUAUUAGGGAUCUUGAGGAAGAACUAGAUGUCAAACAGAGAAGACUUGUGAGAGUGAGAGAGAUGAUUCAGCAGAAGAAGGAGAAGAUGAGGGAAAUGACUCAAAGAAAGACUAUGAAGCGUGCUAAGAAAGUGGUUGAUGGGAUUGGAGAGGCUAUUGAUAGAGUAGAUACUGGAAAUAAAUCUGUGUUGGUUAAACCACCUGCUCAGACUAGUUUCUACAGUAAGAGUAGGAUUGAGGAAACUAAAAUACCAAUUUCUCACCAAAUAGAGGAAAUAUUUGAUUUUACAACAAAAGAAAGGAGUAAAAUAAUUAAAGAAAAAGAGAAGGCUCAGCUCGAAUAUAGGCUGAUUUCUGGAUUAAGAAACAAUUUACACAAAGAGAAUGCUAGUUUAAAGCAGAAUCUCUCAGCUACAAUGAAUAUCACUCGCAAAGGUCUGCUCGAAAUUUAUUCUAAUCUUGGAGAUCAAUCAGAUGCUUUAGAAGCUGAAAGGAAAGAACUUAACGAUAAAAUAGAGAAGUGUUCCAAAAAGGAGAAAAUUUUACAAAAGAUUUGAAAUAAAUAAGGACAUAAUGAAAGAAAGUACUAGUUCUAAAUUAAGUACUAAUAUAUCGAAAGAGAUUUCUUCUGACUAUGAGUUCUAUAUGAGAACUUACUUCUAUAAACCCGAAAGAGACAAAUAUGAAGAAAGCUUCUAUAUGAACCAAACCUCAGAAUUCCACCCUAUCCCAAACCAAAAGACCAUGUAUACAUCUUACUCAUACAAGCCCACAUACACAAACCUAAACCGACUGAUCACAAAAGUAUUCCCCCAGGGCACCCUCAAGAACAACUUCUUCACCUCAAUCGCUAACCCCAAGUUCUCUUCCUCCAAAAGUCACAGUAGACCCCCUCACCCGGCUAGGCCUAGCCGGGUGAGGGGGAAUUUUGACUGGGCUGAAGGAAGAAGUGGGGGUCAGGAAGAGAUUUUGUGUAGAGAAGGGGACUUUUUGGGGGGAUUAGGUGAAAGAUAUGGGCAGAUGUUUGUGAAGAAAGGGAGUUUAUCGUUUUAUUAAGAAGUUGAGUG